GUGCGUGCGUCGCGAGGCUUGAGAGCAGGGUUAGCACAGCUAGCGCGAGGCUCUGUUCACUUCAUUGAGAGUUAGCUGUUAGCCGCGAUUUCGUGAUUGAUCAUGGCGGCGGUGCGCAGCCUGCGGGUGUCUGUGAAGUCGGAAAGCGCGUCCGAUCGGUCAGAGUCAGACUCGGAAUCAGAGUCGGAUCGGGAUGCCCGGGAAGCGGAGCCCAUGGAGGUGGAGGAGGGAGAGCCGGAGCUGGAGUCCAUCCCUGUUCGCCGAAGUUUAAAGGAGCUUUUGCCGGACACCAGCAGACGCUAUGAAAAUAAGGCUGGUACCUUUAUCACUGGAAUCGAUGUCACGUCUAAGGAGGCCAUUGAGAAAAAGGAGAAGCGAGCAAGAAGAUUUCAUUUUCAGGCAGAGGAAAAUCUGGCUCAGAGGAAUGUUGUUGUAGACCGGGAUUUGUUGAAGAAAGCGAUCCCGAAGGUGCGUUUGGAAGCCCUACACAUGAGUGGACUUGACGACAUGAGCACUCAGGAUGUUUUUGGCUACUUUAAAGAGUAUCCGCCUGCCCACAUUGAAUGGAUAGAUGACACUUCCUGCAAUGUGGUGUGGCUAGACGACAUCACUUCAACCAGAGCUCUCAUUAACUUGAGUCGGAUGCCAGACAAAAAAGAGGUCACAAACACAGACAGCUCAAAACCAUCUGAACUUUCAGACCAGCCGCAGAAAGCUCGGAGAAGCCGUGGCUCUGAUGAUGAUGAUGAUGAUGAUGAUGAUGAUGAGGAGGAGGAGGAGGAGGAAGGCGAGGUAGAUGAUGAUGAUGAAGAUGAAGUGGUGAAAGCAGAUAAGAGCAAGAGCAGUGAUGGCAGUGAGGGUAAAGCUAGUGACAUUGAGGAAGAGACCGAAAAGAAAACGCAGGAAACUGUAGAGCUUGUGUUUCUUUUUUUGAAUGAUCUGCGGCCUACAGUCAAGCCCUUCAAAGGCAACAAGCUGCUCUUGCGCUUUGCCACCCAGGAUGACAAAAAGGAGAUGGGUGCGGCCAGGAGAAGUCGAUACUACAUGAAAUACGGGAAUCCAAACUAUGGCGGCAUGAGAGGCAUCUUAAGUAACUCUUGGAAACGGAGAUAUCACACGCGCAGAAUCCAGCGUGACAUUCUGAAGACCAAAAAGUCUCUGAUUGGAGACAGCUUGGGACACACCCCACCGUACACUCAUCGACACUCUGCUGACCUGGUGAAUCUGCCGGAAGAGCCUAUAGAAGAAGAGGAGGAAGAAGAUGAGGAGGUGGAUGGAGAGGAAGACAUGGAUGCUGAUGAUAGAGUGGUGGAGUACAGAGAUCGGGCAGACAGGGAACGGGGGCCACGGUUAGGGGAUGGAGGCCUGCGUAGUCGCUUAGGAGGCCCAUCACCUGCAUCUUCAGAUUCAGAUGAGAUGGACUACGAUCUGGAACUGAAAAUGAUCUCCACGCCCUCUCCCAAAAAGAGCAUGAAGAUGACCAUGUAUGCCGACGAGGUAGAAACCAACCUUCGCAGUCUUCGAAACUCCAUACGGACUGAAACAAGUAGCAGUGUUAAGAGUCGCAUUGGUGGAGGAGGAGGAGGAGGCGGCUCGUCCAAGUCUACAUCAGACAAAGUGACGGAUGUGAGACAGUUACUGGAGGAGAAGAGGCAGGGACACUCUCAGCAGAGAUCAUGCCCACCAGUGACUACAAGUGGCAAGACGGAUGUGAGACAGAGAUUAGGCAAAAGACCACACUCUCCAGAGAGACGUCGCUCUGUCUCUCCCGUCAUCUCUAGAAACGCAGUGUCCCGGAGAGAGCCUUUGACUGACGUGCGCAGCCGACUCGGAGUGGCAAAACUCGAGAGUCGUGGUCUCUACUCAGAGUCCCCGAAAGACAAGAAAACAGGAGGCUUGUGGAGCCGUCUCGGCCCGUCUCAUAAGGACGACAAAGAAGAUGACAAGGCUCCUUCCCGAGCGUCUUCCUCAAGAGAAAUAAGGCGACGAGAUGAUGAGGAAUCUGACGGAGUUGAUGACGAUGAAGAGGGUGACUCUCAGCUGCAGAAGGUGUGGGGAGCAAUGAUCAAGCAGAAGGAGCAGCAGACCAGCAAGAUGAAGAAAAGCCGACUGGACAACUUGCCCUCGCUGCAGAUCGAGAUCAGUCAAGACAGCAGCAACGGCUCAGACAGUGACUCCUGACUGACUCCUCCUGUAGGAAGUGUGGGAAUCGGAGGAAUGAUGAACGCGGUGGAAGAAUGCUGGAGAACAUCUGUGAUAGACUGGGCCAGAGGACCCUGACAUGUGUACUUAAACAUUCCUACACUCCCACUAAUCUUGCCUGUAUACAGACUUUGCAGAUAUUUUCUUUACUCCUCUCUACAGGAGACAGCUUUAAAGGCGCUAUUUGGAACAAGAGAGGGCAGAUAGAAUGUUUUAUUUUGCAAUUUCAAAAAAAGGGCAGUGGAUGAAUCCCUCAUUUUUUAUUUUUCUUCAAAAGAAAAUUAUUUGGUUGUAUUUAACACAAAUUGAGGGCCCAUUUUUAAAAUACAGCGAUGCACCAGGUUGACAAAAACAACCCGUGAUUCGAUGUACUGUCUGUUAGCAGUACAGUUUUUAAAAUCAUGUCAGUAUGGUUGGUUUUUGUUCGUGUUUUAUUAAGUCUGUCUUAUCACUGUGCAUUUGAUGUGGAGAACAUAAUGGUCUGAGGUUUUUUUGUUUUUCUUGUGCAAGGAUUAUAUAUUUACUGUACCUGAAUGGAUCAUUGUGCUUCAUUGUACACAGUUCUAUGAAAGGGGCACAUAAUGUAGCCAAUGUAAAGAUAAUUUCCCCCAAAGGCAUGGUCUGCAUUCCCUAAAUAUAUGUGGUCAGUGAAAAACAAGAAAAAGCACUGUAUGUUGAAUAAAAAUCAUUUUUUACAUCA